GAUUACAAAUUUUAAAUUGGUGUUCUUAGUUCUUACAUUAAUUUUCUUGUAUUUGUUACCUAAAUUAUAAUAUAUGUAAUGAAUAAUAGUGUAUAAUCAUUAAACUAAAAUCAUUUCAAUGACCCAAUGAACAAUAAAAGUUUUAUAUAAUUUGGAAAAGUGAUCAUUAGUUAAAAAAUAUUUAUUAAAAACAGUUUCGGUUAUUGAGCUGGAAAAAUAACAAAAAGAAAAUAUGUUGGGUCACAGUAAAAACGUGACUUGCAAAUUGGUUAAAAGUAUCGCUAGUCCUUUGGUAAGCACCGUUCGAGGUCUUAAAAACUUCAAGCCUCCUGUAAAAUAUGACCACAUUCAGAUGCCCGAAAGACCUAAACUUCACUAUAUUGAUCGUCAUCCUGUGUACAAUACCAAUUUGAAGCCUCCCAAAAUGCAUAAAAUGUUAAAUUUAAUGAGAGGUCCAGAACUGAUUCAUAAUAAAUUAAUACACAAACAAUAUGGGAUACAGGCAACCGGAGGAGGUCGUAUGAAGUUUGUUCACUUUGAAAUGAUUCGAAUGGGUAUAUUAAGAAAAUUAGAUUGGUCUAGAAUAUUUGCAAUUUGGAGGGUAGAUUCACCAUGGCAAGCAGUUACUAAAAAAGGUCAAGGACAACGUAUGGGCGGCGGCAAGGGAAGCAUCGAUCAUUAUGUAACUCCUGUUAAGGCUGGAAGAAUAAUUGUUGAAGUGGCUGGUCAUUGCGAGUAUAUAGAAGUAAAAGAUAUUUUAAGUAAAAUUGCGGAAAAACUUCCUUUUAAAGCUCAGGCUGUUAGUCAAGAAACAUUGGAAUGGGAUAAUGCAAAUGAAAAAUGGAAAGAAGAAAACAAUAAAAAUCCUUACACGAUGGAAUACUUAAUAAAAAACAAUAUGGAUGAUUUGCAACGCAAAAUUAAACGAAUCGACCAUUUUUAUUUUGGAAAGUAUAAGUAAAAAGUGUAAUAUUUUGUGUAAACAAAUGUUAUUUAGUAUAUAUGUCUAAAUAUAAAUAAAAAUAUUAAAUUUUAAAUGUA